AUGUCAGACUCUGUCCAAGCUGCUGUACCGGCCACAGAGAUUGCUGCCGGCGAGCAUAUAGAUAGGAAGCGCAAGGCUGGCGCUUCGUGGAAAGCUAACGAGGAGCAUGUUCUUCCCAAAAAUCGCCUUUGGAUCGUAUUUCUUGGUUUAAUGGCUUGCACGUUCUUGGCUGCAUUGGAUCAGACAAUCGUUGCAACUGCUCUUCCCACCAUUGUUGAGCGUCUAGGUGGUGGGAAAAAUUAUAGCUGGGUCGGGAGCGCGUACCUCCUAGCGGCCGCGGCGCUCGCCCCGUUGUAUGGAAAGCUAUCAGAUCUGACCGGUCUGUCUCUUGCUAAAUUUGCAGCGACAUCUACUGAUCUCGUUCUCAGGCCGCAAACCAGUAUUAUAUUCUUCUAUUGGCAUUUUCUUGGUAAGGCAUCAGUGAGUCAUAGGGCUUUGUAUCUCACUCUUACGGCUAUGAAGAUUGGAUCCGCAUUAUGUGGAGCUGCUCAAAAUAUGACGUGGUUGAUUGUUUGUCGCGCCGUUCAAGGCAUUGGAGGCGGCGGUAUCAUUCAACUAGUCCAGAUCACCAUAUCUGACAUCGUGUCUCUCGAGGACCGUGGAAAAUAUGGAGGCGCCUUGGGUGCAACAUGGGGUAUAGCAAGUGUGAUAGGUCCCCUUCUUGGAGGGGUCUUUACAGACCAUGUCUCGUGGAGAUGGUGUUUCUUCAUAAAUUUACCGACGGGUGGCAUUGCGAGCGCUAUCUUAUUCUUUUUCCUUAAUCUAAAUCCACACCACGGCAUGAGCCUGCGGCAACAUAUUCAACAAUUUGACUUCGCUGGUUUACUGCUUAUGGUAGGCGGCGUUGUUUGCCUACUUAUUGGUUUCAACAGCGGCGAAACAAAUUGGUCUUCGGCAGAGACAAUAGCUUUGCUCGUUGUUGGAGGCGUGCUCUUGCUCUUGGCCGGUAUCAACGAAGUUUACACGAAUAGAUCACCUAUCAUACCCCCGCGUUUAUUCAGGACAAGGACUACAGCGAUCAUCUUGACAUCUAAUCUUUUGCACGCAAUCGCAUUCUUUGGCGGCGCUUAUUAUCUACCACUCUACUUUCAAGUCUUGGGCUCAUCGGCUACAGGAGCAGGUGUCAGGAUGCUUCCGUUCUCUCUGGGAAGUGCUCUGUUCUCUGCGUGUUCCGGCCAAGUCGUCACUCGAACAGGAAGCUAUAGGCCGAUCAUGUGGUUUGCAUGGGCGGUCAUGGUCCUCGGGUGGGGCUUGAUGACGCAGUUGGAUGACACUUCGUCGACAGCCGAGAAGGUCCUUUACCCCUUCGUCACCUCGUUGGGGAUCGGCUGUCUAUUCCAGACACCCCUCAUCGGCCUGCAAGCUGCGAUGCCUCUGAAGGACAUGGCUACCUCUACGGCAACCUACGGUUUCCUAAGGACGCUGGGCGGAACCAUCGGGACGUCGAUCGGCCAGGCGAUCUACUCGGGCGUGCUCAGGCAGAAAGUCGCCAAACUCCCGAACGUCAGUUUCGACACCUCUCCCGCGGCGCUCAGCGAGAGCGUGCGACAGCUGAAGAACAUCCCUGAACCGGCACGCCAGCAGAUUAUCCACGCAUACACGAAGGCUAUCAGCACGAUCUGGAUCGUCAACGCGCCGAUCGUCGGCCUCGGAUUCAUCCUCGUGCUCUUCAUUCGAGCAUACUCGCUGAAACGCACCACGAUCCAGAGUGGGGCGCGGAAAGACCUGGAGGAAGGUGCCGCUGCCGUUACUCCAACAGCGCCAGUCGAUGGGGCGGAUCUUGACAGAGACGAGAAGCGGGAGCCAGAGGAGGGGACGCUGUCGGGUGAGGUCACAGACGACGCCAGUCCCGGCGAGGGAGAAAAGGGUCUGCAUCCAGUCGAGAAGUGA